AGACAUAUAGGUACAAAACAGUUGAAGCUCAACCAGUCAAUAUCCUUCUCUGAGUACAGGUCAUCUGUGACUGUGACCAGACCUUGUAUGUCUUCCUCUUACCUUGGUGUACUGCAACAGUACAGUAGGCCUGUUCACCUCUGAACAGGUUUAAGACCAACAGCGUGUCCGUGCCUUGGUGCACAGGUACAGAUUAACCCCGAUCAGUACACCAGAUUCCCUGGGAGCGUUUUGGCUGAUAUGCAUUCACAUUGCAAAGAACAGAAAAUAUUGAUAUUUGCAACCAAAAGCCUGAGCCCAAAAUUCAUUUUUGUCAUUCACAAAUGAACAUAUGAAACCAGUCUUUGCAGUGUCUUGUAUACAGUUCAGAUUGAAAUAUCCACCAUAGUGAAGCUUGUGCCUGGAUUCAGCUCAUGGGAGAUCUGUCAGCUUGAAGAGCUGGAGUCAUUCAUUGUGCAGUUCUACAUGGACAUCUGUCGAUAGCAGAACUGUCCGUGCUGACACGGUGCGUUGACAUCUUGUGACCCGGAGAGCCAAUGCUGUGUGUUUAUGUCUUCCCUCCUCAGCCGUGACAGGAUGACGUCCAGGAAGAAAGUGCUGCUCAAAGUUAUCAUCCUCGGAGACUCCGGUGUCGGGAAGACAUCUCUGAUGAACCAGUAUGUGAAUAAGAAGUUUAGUAACCAGUAUAAAGCUACAAUAGGAGCCGACUUCCUGACGAAAGAGGUGAUGGUGGAUGACAGACUCGUCACAAUGCAGAUCUGGGACACGGCAGGACAGGAGAGGUUCCAGUCUUUGGGCGUGGCAUUCUACCGUGGGGCAGACUGCUGCGUGCUCGUGUUUGACGUGACCGCGCCCAACACCUUCAAGACACUGGACAGCUGGAGGGACGAGUUCCUGAUCCAGGCCAGUCCCCGCGACCCUGAGAACUUCCCCUUCGUGGUGCUAGGCAACAAGAUUGACCUGGAGAACAGGCAGGUGACGACUAAGCGGGCACAGGCCUGGUGUCAAAGCAAGAGCAACAUCCCAUACUUCGAGACCAGCGCCAAGGAGGCCAUCAACGUGGAGCAGGCCUUCCAGACCAUUGCACGCAACGCCCUGAAGCAGGAGACAGAAGUGGAGCUGUACAAUGAGUUCCCAGAGCCAAUCAAACUGGACAAGAAUGACCGCGCCAAGCCGUCGGCAGAAACCUGCAGCUGCUGAGACCACCAGGGGCCUCCGAUUCUCUCUGGCCUUCCAGAAACCCCUUCCCCCAAACCUUUCCCCCUGACACACACACAGACACACACGCACACACUGUGCCCCACCACAUUCCCCCAGCAUCUCUGGCCUUCACAAGUAGCUCAGUGUGAUGGUAGACAAGAGCAGGCUUUCUCCCUAAGAACGUUCCACACACAUGCAUACACAUGCACACACAGACACACGUUCUAGUGGCUGAACCCUUAGCCCAAAGAGCAUUCAAGAAAGAAACAGAAUUUUAGGAUUCCCCCUUAAUGUCUCAGCACUGCUUCCUUUUCCCUAACAGUUUCACCCCAACCUCCUGGAACCCCAACACCAAUGCACCUAUCCUUCCCCUUGAUACAUAGCCACACGUACCGAUCCACAUCUCUCUGUCUCGCUGCCAUGGAGGGGACGGGGGCUUUGCAUUCGUUAAAAGGUUGGGGUGAAUCAGUCUGCAACAUGAGAUUGUGUUGGCUUCCGUUUGUCUCGCAACUUAAUUUAUUUUGCAAAUUCACUUGAUUUUCUUCUAAAAGAUGCCUGUUUCUCUGAGCUAAGUGGAUUCCAUUGCCUACACAACUGUUGAGAAAUCAUCAGUUGUUUUUUUUUUUUUUUGGUUGAUUUUUUUUUAUCAUCGGCCUGGAUGUAGAAUCUAAAGGCAGCCAAAACGCCUUGUGGAUUACUUUUGCACUUUGUUGUUUUUCAGAUUUAUUUGCCUUUAAACAUGGUCAUGUGGGGAUCUCUAAAUAAACCCUGACAGAUAGUGAUUAAACAUCCAUUUCUGUAUUGGACCUGCAACCUGGAUCUGGGUAAUGUCCUUAUCAGCACGUGUGUGUUACAGACAGCUUUUCACCUCUGCUCCCUCCUACCCUGGGGAAGCUUGAAGGUGAUUUCGGUCUGCGUCUCCCCUCUCUCCUAUUCUGCGGGAUAGCCUGAAUUUGCAGGGGAAAGAAUCACACAUGGAUGAGAAGGAAUGGUAGCGCGCAACUUAUGAACACAGGAAAAAUGAAGAGAGGUUCAGAUAGUUCUAAGAAUAUUAAUACUACUUACUAUUUAAUACUACUACUAUUAAUACUACUACUGUGUCGUCUUCUGUUUACUCUGUCGGCCAUCCUGUUUCAAGACUUUGUAUUACUGCAAACCUGUCACAGUUCUUGUUCCUCCUGUCUGUCUGCGUCAAAAGGCCAGCUGUGUCUGUCUUUCUCGCACUCUUCAUCUCUGCAGGUAGCUCAGGUUGGCUAAACUUUUGUGCUUGAUAUUACUUUUAACCAAUCAGAUACCUUUUCAGUCUGUUCAUGUACUAUUAUUAUGUUUAGAAACGUAAUUGCAUUAUGGGGGAGAACUCAAAACUGAAAGGAGAUUGGCUAUUCAUCCUGCAAAAAAAAAAAGAAAAAAAUCUUGUAAGGAUUCAUCACGGUAUUGUUAAUCGCAUAAUAAAUGCCAAUGAAGUUGUUUAAAA